AUGCCCAUGCCCAUGCCUGUGUCCAUACCCAUGUGGAAGCUCCGAUGGGGACGCGGGAUGCGGACGCUUACCCUGGCCUGGACGAUGCCCUCCUCCCCCUGCCUGCCUGGGGCACCAUGGCACCCCGUGCUGGCCGGUGGCCGUGGGGGCUCCCAAACACACAGGCAGAGUUGGUCAAUGCAUGGGAUGCUCUGCUUCAGCAUGCGCCUCGCAGCUGUCAGUUGA